AUGGAAGGGGAUUUAAAGUUUGACUUUGAUGUUGACUUGAAUGACGCCAGUUUUAUCAAAUUUUGGGAUUCGAAAGCGGGAGUUGCACUGGAAGGUUCAAAUGCUGUAAAUGCUGAUAUCAUUCCAUCAUCAGCUGUCAUUGCUGGAUUAGUGUACAACUCCAUGAGGGAUCUCCUUGCUUCUUCCAGAGGCUCUUCACCUAUCAGAGAGGGAGCUAGCUUAAGCUUCUCAGCAGUGAAAUCACUAGUAUUACGUGAAAAGGAAGAUAAGAUAGCAAGUGAGUUUGGUGCUGAUGAGAGAGUUCUUUCUGUAAUCAAUUCACUGCUAAAUUCAGGGAGGUCUAGCUCUAGUUUGGUAGAAGAUGCGAAUACUACAUCAUUAAUUAAGGAUAUUCAUGGUGCUCCUGUUGAAUCUUUUGUUGUUAAGCUCGCUGAAGCCAUUGGAUGUCUAAAAAUCCUGCAGAAAAUGGCAUCAUUUUGGUGCAUAAUUGUUACUGAAGCAAGUGGAUUCCAAGGAAUUUAA